AUGGGUAGCGAGGCCGCUUUAGCAGAAAAAUUUCAAAUAUCCUUUACUGAACCAUGGAAAGACCUAAUUACAACAAGUAUUCCCCAACUAGAUGAAGUUGAGUCACUUCUCAAAAACUAUCCUCCCCCUCUACCUAGUAUUGGCCAGAUUAAGAGCGUCCUAAAUCACCUUAAUCACUCGAAAGCAACAGGAGCCGAUGGUGUUCCAGCAUGGUUACUUAAACGAUUCUCUAGCGUUCUAGCGCCGAUUGUUCAUGACAUCAUUACGGCUAGCAUUAAACAGUGUAAGUAUCCAAGUCAUUACAAACAUGGCCUGGUCACACCUGUACCUAAAGCAUACCCACCAACUAACGUUGGUAACGAUUUUAGACAAAUCUCUGUUUUGCCACAUAUUGGGAAAAUCCUAGAGAGAGAGUACAACUACAACUCAAUCAAAAUGACAUCACAGUACGUCCCAGUCAACAUGGUUUUACUAGUGGCCGCUCUACUACAUCGGCUCUGAUAUCCAUCACACAGCCAUGGUUUAAUGCUACUGACAAUACCUGCCGUGACAAAGCAGGCAUCCAUGCCCUCUUUAUCGACUUUAAAAAAGCCUUUGAUGUAGUUGAUCAUGGGAUCCUGUUGAAUAAACUUGCAUUGAUGAAUGUUAAUACAAAGCGAAUGCAUCAUGAAGGGAGAGUGUAGCAACAUACAGAAAGUCUUAGACUCCGUUCAGAAUUGGUCAAACGCUAAUAGAAUGAAGUUGAACGCAAAGAAAACGAAAGAUAUGUGGAUUUGCUUUGGGAAAUCUAUCCCACAGUCUCCCAAUCUUUAUACCGGGGAUGUUAUGAUCGAAAGAGUUAAUUCAUUCAAGUUACUUGGUGUUAGCUGUCAAAGUAACAUGAAAUAGAAUUCUCACAUCAAAGAAAUUACUCGAAAGGGAAACAGGAGACUGUGUCAUCUAAGGCAGUGCAGGAAGGCUCACCUUCCUACUGAAGUAGGAUUGGCAACUUACUGCACCAAAAUUCGUCCACUGCUUGAAUAUGCCGCACUAGUUUGGGGUGGCCUACCUCACUAUUUAGUGAACGACCUUGAGCGUAUUCAAAGGAGAAGCUUACGUAUUAUUGGUUUACCGGUCGAUACACUUCCCCCGCUUAGUGAGAGAAGAGAUAAGCUAACUCUUCGAGAAAUGGAGGCAAUUACUCUGGACGUAAACCAUCCUUGUCACCACCUUGUCCCUAUCGCACAGAAGCAUGACUAUUCCACUAGAACUAAAGAAAGAGGUUCUAAUGUAGGUCGCAUUAUUUCCAGAACCGAAAGACAUAAAUCAUCGUUUAUGCCUCGUGCAUGCAGUUAAACUUUUUAAUAAUAUUAAACUUUAAAUUACUACUGUAAUAGACGGUUCUGUAAUUUUAGGCUGAAUGUAGGUUGCAUUAUUCUCUGAACUGAAGGACAUAAUCGUCGUCUGUGCCUUUGGCAACUGAACCUUUUUAAAAAUACAAAUUUUUGUUGUAAUAUAGAUGGUUUUAUAAUGUUUAUGAAUUUGUAAGUCCACUGUAUUUUUUUACUUAAGGUGGAUUAUUAUUAAAGCUUUACAUCAUGAGUUUAUCUAUUAAGGUGAUCCGUUUGGACUUUUUCAUGCGUUUGGCUUUUCAAAACAAGAUAAAAACAUGAUAUCGUAAUAAUGGCACUGCAUUUCCAAUCAAAACGAAUCGCCCUGAACAAACAAGCUGUUCGAGACUAAACGCUACUCGGUUUUCGAAUUUGUAUAUGUAUAACCUGCAUGGUUUCUUUAUUUUAUCAACACAGGUUAAUCAUGAAGCACAUGCGCAAAUUGUUUCUGUUAGAGGCUCAGGGGAUGUUGAACAUCUUAAAGCAUCGCUGAAAGAGACACAGAAAAAAAUGUUAAGGCUGGAAAAGGAAAACGCUGAUAUGGCAGCAAAGGCCGCACGGAAAGAAGAACUGGAGAAAGAGGUUGAAAAGUUAAAUCAAGAGAAGAAAAAAAACCAAGAGUUACUUUCAGAAUACUUUAAAGAAUUUGGCAAAUUAAACUCUGGAAAAGAGGAAUAUGAACGUAAGAUGGAUACAUAUGAACGUCAACUGAAUGAUAUGCGCCUAGAGUUGCUAGACAAAGAAACACAAAUGUCAAUGAUGGUAAGUACAGUACAUCGCUACAGUAGUGGGAAUAUUAGUCGAGUGCAAUUUCAGAUUACGUCUAAACGUUUCUAAUUGCAUUCGCGCAGAAUUAUUAUUAACAUUAUACAAUUACAAAUGUUAAAAAAUGCGCGUCAACUUGUACGAAAAGUCUAAGGCUCCGUUUACAUGAGACAGGAACGAAGUCAAACCGGGACCAUUUUGUUUCGGUCAUAGUAUUAUUUCAGCAUGAGCUCCACUUUUGAAUUUACUAUAUGAGUAAAUUCUUAAACACGUCCGAAUUUAUCAUUAUGAUAUAUUCGCGGCACAUUUUGAAUUUAUCAUAAUGAUAAAUUCGCGGCACUUAACCCCCAACCCUACCACUAACCCCUAACCCUAAUCUAACUUUUUUGAAACUUUUUUGAAAAUCUAACUUUUUAAACUUAACCCCAAACCACUAACCCCUAACCUCACCCCUAACCAAACCUAACCCCAAACCACUAACCCCUAACCCUAAUCUAACUUUUUUGAAACUUUUUUGAAAAUCUAACUUUUUUGGCUUUUUUAAAACUUUUUUGAAAAUUUUUUUUUGAAAAUCUUUUAAGCUAUACCUCAAAGAAGAUGGAUCAUUUUAACAUAAACACUGAAAUAUGAGUAUACUGACAGCUCUGUCACACGUGUCAUUUGCAGACCUUCUGAAACAUUUUAAUGAAAGUAUAAUUCACGAAGUUCACAUUUUCACUUACUUCUUAACAUCUGUUUUAAUCCAACUAGGUCUGUAGGCACGAGCAAAAUUUAGUGUUGAUGUAUUAAAUAUCCAUUUAGUUCAUGUUUCCCUGAUGAAAAUAUUGUCCAUUUCAUGCAAAGCUGAUUUCGACGCACUUUAGCUUUUUUUUUGGCCUUCCUCAGUAAGAUUAUCAACUGUUUCACAAACAUAUGUGAUAGUAAACAGCUAAAAUAUUCUCCGAAAGUCUAUGUUUUUGCUCUUCGGCGCGAAAAUGCCAACUCAAGAAGAAAUGAGCCGCUAUUUUUGGUCAGCAUCGACAAAUUGUGAACCUGUUGUCUAGCUCUUAUUUAGCGUGACAAUGGUUACUGUAUGUUUUCGAAGAUGCAGAUGUCUUUUUGACAAAUGUAUGUUUUUGUAAAACCGAACAAAUCGUGAGAAUCUUGAGAGAGAGAAUUUUAAUUUUGUUAAGUAACAGACAUGCAGUGUAUACCUUUCGGUUGCAAGGGAUUUGUAAUGAUCCGAUAACUUGACUAUUCUUCACGUUCGCAUUCCUCACCACUACUCGUCCAGUCUUUGUUCUACCGGUCUCAUAAAUUAUCGUUUCCUGGAUAAACAAUUGCCGGCUGCAAUCACGCGGCUAUGUGUAAAUCACAAAAAUCCCGCAAUUCACAUUUCACGAGAACAAAUAUUGGCAAUUCAUGGCAGAACACCGUAUGAAGAGUUUUAUAUAAAAAUAGUAUUGUAAAAAUGCCAGUCAGAGUCGUGGUAUAUUGUGGGUGAUUAUAUAGUAUCUAUAAUGGUCAUAAGUAUUAAAUCGUGUUCAAAACUAUUUUAGGCUCGUGCAAGUAAUUCGACAUCUAACAUGGCUGAAGAGAACGAGAUGUUAAAACAACAAUUUGAAGAGCUGAAAAGCCAAAUUUCUUCAUUAUUAGAACAGGUGCUAAAUUUCUUUAUUAUUGGAACAAAUUUCUUCAUUAUUGAAACACGAGAGGUGUCUUAUUGGCAGCAGAUUUCAGCCAAAUGUCUAACUGUCAUCUUUAUCCACAGCUAUUGAGAACCCCGUAUGAUUUGACCAUACCUUCAGUGCUUCGUGACCCCCCAACCCCAUGCCUCACACACGCAAAAAAUGAAAUGGGUUAACCUAGUUUAACCUUGCGUCGUUUGGUAGAGGAUAGAUUAUUUACAAAGCAAUUGUAAGUGCUGUUGUGCAUUUACAAAAACGGUGAAAAUCGUACAGCAAAGUAAUUUCGUAAUUGAAUUUAAAAAGAUUAUAUAAACAUAAGUGUUAUAUAGAGUUUUUGGCCACUGAGAAAAUUCGUAUUUAAACACACGUAAAAAAUACGAUAUUUUAACGUGUGAAAAUAUCAUUUGUUGUAAAACGCAUUGCCACGGACGUUCUGAAUUUUGUUUAUAUAAUAAACAGAAAAAUACAUAGGUGCUUGGAAAUACCAGAUUUAUUUCUCGUGUUGAACAUGAUAUCUCACUCGUUCGCUGCGCUCACUCGUGAGGUAUCAUGUUCAACACUCGAAAUAAAUCUGGUAUUUCCGCGCACUCAUGUAUUAUUCUCUAUUGAACUGCAUUAUUUGAUUUAUAAUUGUAAAACAGUAGAAAUAUUUUUAUAGUAUCGAGUUUGUCUUGACCUUUUGUGUUUUUACUUUCGUUUUGCAUUUUGGCUUCCACGACAACUGAAACUGUGUUUUUAAACGGCGAUUUCCGUAUACAAUCCUGCAGUUCAUUGUUUUCGUAAAAUAAUCCAUUAGGAUGGGGUUUUCAAAAUGUUUAUUUGCUUUACAAAACAUUUCUAUUUUAAGUCUCGAUUUAAGUCUCGAUAAUUUAUUUUUUUUGCCAACGUUGUUGAAAAAAACAAUUCGCACCCUCCGCAAGCCAAAAUGCCCUUUGAAAUCCGCUAUUUUGUGGAGACAAAAUUUUGAAUUUUGUGGAGACAAAAUUUUAAUUGAUUAAAGAUGGAAGUACGCAUUCUAUAUCUAUUAUUUCUAUGGGUAGGAUAAUAAGGUACAGUAACAAAAGUUGUUCUGACAAUUAUCCAUGUAUUUUUUUAGAAAGAAAAUAAUACAGAGAAAGAGAAACAG